AUUUUAUAUGUCUUUGUUGUGUGAAUUUGACUGUGUAUUAACUUCAAAUUUGAUGCCAUUGGAUUUUUGACUGUCGAAUAUUGCGAAUCGAAUUCAGUUUAGCGAAAAAUCCUCACAAGACUGCAAAAUGGGUCGUCACAAGAAGGCUGAUCCAAACGCCGACCAAAGGUGUAUAAAGCAAGGACUGCCAUCAAUUAUCCGUGAACGAUAUCGGGAUGUAAUUGUCGCAAUCAUUUCGAACUUAUCGGUGAAGGCUACGAAGAUCGCAUGCCUUGCAUCGUUACUAUUUUUGAUGAAGGUCAAUGAAGCACUCGACGAUUUCAACUAUGAUUUUUUUGAAACCGAUGAACCAUCAACGAUCAUACACAACUGUUUUAAGGCCGUUCUUGUCGAUAACAUUGGUAACAUAUCGCUUAUGUUACCUGGUUUCCGCAACAUUGUCGACGCUGCACACAUUGACUGGCCCACAAACGGUGGGUUCGGGAACGGUUUUAAAUAUAUAUGGGAUUAGUACUACGACAAUGUCAAAACGAACCUGACAACGCAUUGCGAGUCUCGAUUGCGGAAGUUUUUUAAAAUGAGAGCAUUCGAACUCAACGACUACGCCAUCAAGUACAAUUAUUUCAACAAUUUGUACGGUAUGAUCGAAUUCGAAUUGCCAUACUACGACGAGGAAGAUAUAAAAAAUGCCAUCAAUUAUACUUAUCGUCGUCGAAACACCGCAAUUGGCGACGUUGAACGUGAGAUGCGAUUGGGUGAACUAUUGGAUGAAUUGCGUUGAUUGGGAGCACCGGACGAUUGCAAUAUCCGUGACUUUGUGAAAGAGGAUUGGUUCAA